CACGGCGCGACGGCUGUGCCCCCCUCCCCGUAUUUAUGUGCCGCUCUCUCUCUCCCCAGCACCCACCGCAGCUCCAUCCAGGACGCGCUUCUACGCGGCUCCUCCAUCGGCACUCAGGCAGCGUCCGGCCCGCAGGCUGCGCCGUCCUACAGACCACAGGGAUCCCCACGGCCACGCCGCGCCCCCCCCCACCCCGCGCUCUUCGUUCGAGGCCGCCUAGUUGGCAAGCGUCACGAUGGCCGAGGAAGACAUGCGCACCGAGCUGGAGGGCAUGCAGCAGCAGGCCGAACAGCUGACCGACGAGUCUCUGGAAAGCACCAGGCGCAUGCUGCAACUGGUGGAAGAGAGCAAAGAUGCUGGGAUACGCACGCUGGUCAUGCUGGACGAGCAAGGAGAGCAACUGGAGCGCAUUGAGGAGGGCCUCGACCAAAUCAACAAGGACAUGAAGGAGGCCGAGAAGAACCUAUCUGACCUGGGCAAGUGCUGCGGUCUGUGCAGCUGCCCUUGCGAAAAGCUAAAGAAUUUCGAGUCUGGCGACGCCUACAAGAAGGUGUGGGGCAAGAAAGAGGAUGGCGUUGUGUCCAGCCAGCCGGCACGCGUCUGCGACGAGCGGGAGCAGAUGGCCAUGAGCGGCGGCUACAUUCGGAAGGUGACCAACGACGCACGCGAGACCGAGAUGGACGAUAACCUGGAGCAGGUGAGCGGCAUCAUCGGCAACCUGCGCCACAUGGCGCUCGACAUGGGCAACGAGAUCGACACGCAGAACCGCCAGCUGGAGCGCAUCACCAACAUGGCCGAUUCCAACGAGGCCCGCAUCAAGGAGGCCAACACACGCGCUACCAAGAUCUUGGGCAGUGGCUAAAGGAUGGGGGGGCCCGGGCCGUGCCCCCCCCCCCCAACACCCCCUUCCCACCGUCGGUGACCCCACCCACCCCCCCAAACCCAACCUUCCUUUUCUUAAUGCCGCACAUCGUGUAAGGUGUCUUACCAUAGCUUUAGACGAGCAUGCCGUCCCGUGUGGAGGAGCACACAAGUUCACCGCGAGCAGCAAAUACGGCAGAGUCGAGAUGCAACGCCACUCGUAAUGCAGAGAAGGUUACUGACAAAAUUAGAAGGAAAAAAAAAUGCUUUAAGUUAGUUAAUUUUACAUGUUGUAAAUAAUGACUGGGACCAGCAAGAUGUAACGUCUUAAAAUGUAGCAACUUUUUAAAAGGGCGCAAAAACGAGCUCGUUUAUUUAUUUAUUUACAGCACUUUCCUCGGGCUCGGCCGCAGCCCGCCCUGCACUCGACUGUCGCAAGUCGCGCACAGACAAAAGCGUCUCUUCGUUUAUUCACUCACUCCUUUGUUUAUACUCGCAGUAUAUACACAGUACACACCGUCAGUAUACACCAGUGCGUUUGUUACACACACGUCCGUGUCAGUAUUAACCGUUUCAUUUUGGAGGCGUAGUAUUGUUUAGCCGUUGCUCGUCGUCGUCCCCUACCCCCCCCCCCUCGGGUGGGUUCAAGAAGCUGGCCGGGCCCGGGCCUCACGCUCCUCUCUGUCACCGUCCCCCCUCAGCCCAGGGUCCAGAGACCCGGGGCCCGACCGCCAGGGAGCACAAUCGGGCCGGGUGGCCACAGGGGCCUCUUCCGCCCCCCCCCCCACCCCCGGCUCCAACCCCGCCAGCCCCUGGUCUCUGGCGGCCACGCCGGCCGGGCCUUGGCCACCGCUUGCACGGGCUGCUGGUUCGUGUGAUUUACGGCGAUUCUUGUGAAAGCACAGAGUAGCUGCCGCCGGGCUGCCGCUAGAACCCCCACUGCUGAACCCCUGUAGACCCCGCUGGGCACGCAUUGUAGUCCCGUUGCACCACUCCCCCGCCCGCUCCCCUCGACCCGGCCAGCACCCCGGGCCAUGAAAGCUCUUCUGCGCUGUCCUCCCACCCCUGCCACCUAAUUAUGUUUCACCCAGAAUGCAUGCCAAGUAGCUGUUACCUGUAAUCUCAAUUCUGAAUGUGAAUCCCUAAAUGUACGAAACAUAUCUCUAUGCAUGACGAAAAUGUAAAGUAAAAACGUACAGACGAGGCACUAAAUCUAGGCAUUUUUGUGAGUUUUUGAAUGUAACACGUGUCGGACCGCUCGCUGUCUGGAAUAAACGCGGCGGUGAAAGCGACUCUC